GCCCUUAUUAUGCCACCAUCAUGCGAUUGGCAAGGAUGAAAUCGUGUCAACAUCCAACGCACCACGCACCCACGUGUGCGUGCCUCGAAUGCCGUUUCCCGGCCGGCACAAGGCAAGGAAGGCGUCCCAUCCCGACGGUCCAUGCACUCGUUGAAUGGGCCGUCGGGCUGAAGCGCUCAACAUGCCAUGCAGACAGGGAGACGAUACGAAAGGCACGGCCGCGCACCUGGGCAAAGUCAAUCUCUGCUGCGGACCCGACACACACCCAGAAAAAGGACGAGCAUGGCCGAUCGAGCAGCGGUAAGUGAAACCAAGACGGGCGUCAGUCAUGACCAACUACACUUACUCGCGAGCAUGCACAGGAAACUUCGAUGUGUGCAGGGCAGGGGGAGAGAAAAAGUAGCAGGCAGAAAAGGCCCCACAAAUACAAUACACCGUCAACACGACAACGAAUGGCGACUGACUGACUGACUGACUGGCAUGGGCGGAGGGCGCGAGUGAAUCGACAGAUGGAGUGGAUAAAAGACAGGCGCCGUCAGCAGGAAGGCAGUCCCACGGCCGCUCGAAGCGGCACACGCAUAGCUUAUCGACACAUGUAGAUGCAAAUACACACACCAAUCGACAUACACGACGAUGACCUUCACCCCCCCUGUUGAGCCGACUCUAAUAAACGCACGCCCUCUCCCUCACUCCCUCCCUCCUGUCUCUCUGCCCUUCUGCCAUGCCCCCCUCUCCGCCAUGACUAAACGGUGAGGAAGUACUCCAGCCCUCGCUCACCAGCAGCAUCGACAGCAGCAGCAGCAGCCUUGGUGGCACUGUCCUCCUUCCCUCCCUCCGCGCCUUCCGAUGACUCCUCCCCGUGCUGCUGCACAGGCACAUCGGUCUCGUUCUCACCCUCGGCCCCAGGCUCGGUUGGCUGCUCAGCUGCAGGCGUGGCGGCCGUGGCCGUGUAGGGAGCCCUCUCGGCCUUGCCCAGCGAGGUGAUGAACAGCCACACGACAAACACCAGCGCCACGAUGGUGCCGAGGAUGGGGGGGACGAGAGCGCGCUCAUCUCCGGCAUCCUUGGACCACACGCUAAGAACAUCGGUGGAUUGGACUGAACAGGAGAUGCAAGUGGCAUUUAGUGAGGGAGGCAGAAGGACUUCGCGUGUGUAUCGUGGUAGCUGUCUCACAUGCUGCGAAUGGUAUCGCGAGAAUUAUGCCAACCAAAGCCUCCCCGGUAAUGAGCCCCGAUGAGAAGAGCAGCCCCCUGCCUUUGGCAUUCUCCACAGCAACCGCCGGAUCCGUGCCGUUCCUCACCGCCCGCCGCCUCGCCAGCUGGACAGUAAUAAAGUCCACCAGCCCGCCAAGGAAUAUGGGCACUGCAAGCUCCAGAGGCAGAUAAAUGCCGACAGCCACAGCCAGCACGGGCAUGCGGAAACGUGACCGGAAGUGCUCCAGCACCAGAUCAGCGAGGAUGAUGGCCACAGCAAUAGCCCCUCCCGCGCCGAUCAUGGCCCACUGGAGUGACUGGGAGAAGACGCCCUCAGCGACGGUCUUCAUCAGCGUCGCCUGCGGUGCCGACAGCAUCUCGUCGGGAUUCAUGUCGUCUCUUGGCCUCACGUCUCCUAGACCAUAAGCGUUGAAAAGCAAAGACACAACCGGUGCCAGCACGAGGGCAGCGGCUGUGACGCCGACCUGGCCACCCACACACACGGCACAGGAGCCGAUGAAUAUGAUUUGGUAUGGCUGCCUGUCUGUCUAUGAGAGAGCAUUGCGCACCAUCUGCAUGAUUUGCUGCUUCCAAGGGGUAGCCCCGAGGAUGGUGCCGGCCUUGAGGUCCUGCAGGUUGUCCCCGGCCAGCGCAGCGGCACAGGCAACCAUACCCCCAACAACCUGCACAUUAAAUACGAGCCAGAAACAAGGAAGCCGAGAUGAAUGUCUGUUCCGUCCCCUGCUCACGAUGGCUGCGGACGCCGCUGUUGCUGCCCUGGCCCCCUCUGCAGUCCCAUAGAAACCCAAUAGGCAGAGCGAAGCAAAGAGGACGGUAGCGAUAGUAACGCCGCUGAUCGGGUUGUUGGACGAGCCCACCUAUGGACACAUCCAAGUCGAUCUCCUCCCUCUCCUCCUUCCUUCACUUUUCUUACCAAUCCAGCCAUGUAACCGGCGACGGACGAGAAGAGGAAGCCUGCCACGAGCGAGAAGACCACCGCGAACACCAUGGAUCCCCAGUAUGAGGCACCCGACACGCCGAGGUCCUCCAGGUCAAUGAUGAAGAUGAAACAGAGGAACACGGGGACAGCCAGCAGCAACACACCCAGAGCCACAUACGUGAUGGGCACAUCAACCUGGUCGAUAAUGAACAUAUGGAAACAGCGACAGAUGGAGAAUCGACGGCGAUUUGGAGACUUGUGGGUGCAGUCCAGCUGGCCAUCUCAUCCCCACCUCUGUGCGCGGCAGGCUGCCGGUCCCAUGCAGCCUCAUGUCCCUCAUUGCCUUAAGCGACGCCCUCACCCCAGCCACCAGUGGCUUCGCUAGCGAUAUGAGAGCCCAGAUCCCGCCAACAAUCAUCGCUCCAACACCGAGAAACCUCACUCGCUCCGCCCAUAUCUUUAUAGCGGCGCCAUAGCCAGUUGGUGUGGGGUCGCCGGCCUCCAGGCCGGCGCGCAGCACCUCGUCCAGCUCACUCUCAUCAACUGUGGCCAUCCAUAUGGGGAUCGCGAAGACGAACGAGAUGAGACCACCGGCGAAAACCAAAGAGGCGAUGUUGAGACCAACAAUGUUGCCUGGACACAUGUGGACGGAAAUGUUGCUGACAUCUUUAUUGUCUGUGUUUAUGUGAGUGUCAUAGGAACGCACCGACAGCGAGGAGAGCGACAGACAGCUCGGUACCCAGCCCGAUGAUCGAGCCGUUGACGGUGAUGCCCCCACCAAUAGAGCCAGCGAAAAUCUUCAGACCAGUCUGCCCAACCUGCACAAACACGGUAAGCACGAAGGUCAUAUGAGUGCGACAGAGUGCCUCCCUCCUGUCUGGGUACCUCCCCCGACCUUGUAGAGAGCAGCAGCCAGGCCGCUGAAGAGGAUUUGCCUCACCUGGUCACCACCAGCAUUGCCGGCCUUCAGCACCUCAGCCGUGGCGACGCCUUCGGGGAACGUCAGGUCAGACUCGAGGAUUAGAGCGCGACGCAGCGGGAUGGUGAACAGGACACCCAGCAGCCCCCCACAUAACGCGAUCGCGAAAGUCUCGGCAAAGUAGAAAUCUGCAUUGACCGAUGGGAACACAUGCGCACUGAUGUAUCCAACCUCCCUCCCUCUCCGCUCACCUUCCCAGUAUUCCAGCAGGAUCAGCGCAGGCAGCGUGAAGAUGACCCCCGCUGCCAGAGACUCGCCCGCCGAUGCAGCGGUUUGGACCAGAUUAUUCUCCAGGAUGUUCGAGUUCCUCCAGAGCUUCAGCAGCGCCAUUGAGAUCACAGCUGCACACACACACAAUCAUCGGCACCAUUACAACGGCCAUCUUCCGCUGUCUGUCGGCUCCGCUUGCCCCCCCCUCAGUACUUGACCUGCAGGGAUAGAUGCGCUGACGGUCAUUCCCACUUUUAGCCCCAGAUAGCCGUUGGCUCCAGCCAAUAUGGCCUGCAUAAAUAGAGAGAGGGGGACAAAGAGAGCACAUUCUCACCGUUUCUUCCCCUUCUCGUGUGGGUCUGUCUGGAUCUGGCUCUCACCGACAGCAGGACGCCCAGGACGACUGUCUUGACGGUGAACUGCGGGAGAUCUUGUUCCGCGGGGAUGUACGGCUGCUCCUUCCGCGCCGCAUUCCCCACCUUCUCCAUCGACGCCAUCUCAGCCUUGUCCGAGAUCAUUGCUGCGGCGCUGUUGGUGUACACUGCUCCACGCUGCGCCUCUUCUUCCCUCUUCG